AUGAAUUUGCUGGACGAUACUAUCAGGACCUCGUCAAUCCGCGACGGCGAGGCCCGCCUACCACGCUUCAUGGAUACCAAUGAACUUGCCAUGGACAGCCACCAAGCCUCCGCCCUGACCGCACACCAGGAUGCCCGCGCCCUCAUUCGUUUGAUCCAGUGUCCGCAGUGCUCAAAGCCCUACACAAGUCCCGUCACCCUUCCUUGCGGCAACUCGCUAUGCCGUACCUGUCUACCACAGACCCACCGCCGCGAAGGUGUCUCAUACCCCGAUACCCCCGGCAGACAACGCGGGUUCCUUUGCCCUUACAACGACUGUCUCGAGGAGCAUGUCCUGGCAGACUGCAGCAUCGACGUAACUCUUUCAAAACUCAUGGAAGCCAUCGCUGAUCUCGUCCGCCAACACAUCCAGCUCGCUGGCAGCAGACAAACAUACAUGGAAGAGGUGGUGAAACAAGAUGAGGUCCUCGGUCCCGUGACGUCAGUAGACCUGGACAAGGACAGCCCUCGGUGCUGGACCAUGCCAGGAGCUCGUCUAGUCGCUACAUACAACCUCGCUGGUACCGGUAUUCUCGGUUACAAGACUGAGGUCGUGUAUACCGACUUGCUUGGACCACCAGAGAUGGCUCAACAGACGGAUCAAGAGCUAUUAGUACAACUGCUUGACACUGCGCAAAAGGAGGUUGAUUGUCAGGUCUGCUACAAUAUCAUGCACGACCCCGUCACGACGGCUUGCGGACAUACCCUCUGUCGUAAAUGCCUGGCUCGUACACUCGAUCACUCAACCCACUGCCCCGUAUGCCGACGUUCUGUCAUCACUCCGCCCUCCCUGCUCAAAUAUCCGAGCAACAAAACGUUAGUCAGUCUUCUUGAGGGACUUGUUCCAGAAAUUGUUUCUGCUCGCGCUCAAGCUGCCGCUCUGGAAGACGCCAUUGCUCUCCCUGAUUUUGAGACUCCUUUGUUUGUUUGCACACUCGGUUUUCCAGGAUGCCCUACCUUNUUACGCGUCUUCGAGCCAAGGUAUCGACUCAUGAUCAGACGUGCUAUGGAAGGAAACCGACAAUUUGGUAUGGUCACGUACAAUCGCCACGGGGUACCUCAAGAAGGCUUGGGUAUCACACAGUAUCUUGCAUAUGGUGUCAUGCUCUACAUAGAGAAUGUGCAGAUGCUUCCAGAUGGGCAGAGUAUUGUCGAAACCAGAGGCAUGUACCGCUUCCGUGUAAAACAACAUGGCACUUUAGACGGCUACACGGUAGGCAGAGUUGAGCGUGUCGAAGAUGUCUCUUUGCAGGAAGAAGAGCGCUUAGAGGCUGAGGAAACCUCCCAACCCCCUGCCGACGAGAAUGACAUGGAAGGCCAAGUUAGCAGAAUGUCAACUCGCGAACUUCUCAUGCUCGGACUCGACUUUAUCCUUGUCAUGCAAGGUCGAAGCGCACCUUGGCUACACCAACGCAUUCUCGAAGCCUAUGGUGGCCCGCCGGACGACGCCGCUCUCUUCCCAUUCUGGUUUGCCAGCAUCCUACCUAUCAGUGAGGACUGGAAGUAUCAUCUGAUGCAGACCACAAGUGUGCGAUCAAGACUCAAGAUCACAGCUCUUUGGGUCAAGCACAUGCAGACCCAACGGUGGUACCAGAACAACGUAUGCACAGUCUUAUGA